AUGGGCCUAACCUCGGUUUCCCAAAAGUUCUCAAGGUCCGAUCGAGAAUCCAACGGAUUCAACGGUACUAUACCCCGGGAAACCGGUAGUGCAGGUACUGCCGCAAUGGCUACAAUCCAGGAUGACGAUGAUCGUUUGCUAGCCAGAAUUGGCUAUAAGCAGGAAAUGAGACGUGAGUUUUCGAAAUGGUCCACAGUAUCUUAUGCAAUUUCCAUUCUCGGUGUUUUGGGCUCAGUGCCAGCAACUUUUGGGCCACCCCUGGCUGCUGGAGGCCCUGCGACAGCGGUAUGGUGCUGGUUCAUUGGGUCAUUUAUGGCCAUGUGCAUUGCAAGUUCCGUUGCUGAGCUUGUAUCAGCAUAUCCAACUGCAGGAGGAAUGUAUUUUGUGACAAAACAUGUCGUCCCUGAAAAUCAAGUCGCAAUAUUUUCAUGGAUUCAAGGCUGGUGUAAUCUGCUUGGACAGACCGCCGGCGUCUCCAGUGUUGCAUAUACGGUGAGCCAGAUGCUUCUGGCUUGUGCAAGCAUGAAUUCGAACUUCGAUGGAGACAAGUAUUCUUUUUCGCCAACUGCUUUACAGACAGUCCUUCUGGCAAUUGCUAUGUUGUGCAUCAUGGGAGUUAUUUGCUCUUUAACCACAAAGAGCUUGCACAGGAUUAUUCUUUGGUUCGCCCCAAUUAAUAUUCUGGCAUCCAUUGGAAUCUGCAUUGCGCUUCUGGUACUUACGCCAAACAAGCAACCAGCAACAUGGGUUUUUACACAUGUAACGGAUGGCUCCGGAUGGCAGUCGAAAGGGUUUUCAUUCCUUCUUGGAUUCAUAUCCGUGGCUUGGACAAUGACAGACUAUGAUGGAACAACGCAUAUGUCAGAAGAGACACACGAUGCUGCUAUUAGAGGCCCUGUCGCGAUUCAAACAGCUGUCUUAGUGUCCGGUGUAUUUGGAUGGAUGCUCACCGUGACAAUGUGCUUCUGCUUAACAGACUUAGAGGCAAUUUUGAACAGCCCCACGGGGCUUCCUGCGGCCCAGAUUUUUCUCAACGCGGGUGGGCGCACUGGUGGCACCAUAAUGUUUGCGUUUAGCAUACUUGUGCAAUUCUUUACCGGAUGCUCAGCUAUGCUUGCAGAUACUCGAAUGGCGUACGCUUUUGCGCGUGACGACGCACUUCCCUUUUCGAAGUUUUUUUCUCGAGUAAACAAGUACACACUGACGCCUGUCAACGCCGUGUGGUUUGUGGUUUUCUUCAGUAUCUGCCUCAACCUGAUUGCGAUUGGCUCAACACAAACUGCAACGGCAAUUUUUAACAUCACAGCUCCAGCAUUGGAUUUAUCAUAUAUUGGCGUUAUUUUGGCGCACCAAAUAUAUAAAAAUCAAGUUCGCUUCAUCGAGGGCCCAUUCACACUGGGUAAAUGGGGAACACCUAUUAAUAUCAUUGCCAUUGUGUGGGUAUUAUUUAUUAGUGUGGUUCUCUUCUUCCCACCACAAAAACCAAUCACCCCGCAGAAUAUGAAUUACGCCAUAUGUGUCGCAGCAUUUAUUGCGCUCUUUGCAAUGUCGUGGUGGUGGCUAUCUGCCAGAAGAAAGUAUACUGGCCCACGUACCAAAGAUCUAUUACAAGAGGUUUCCAGCGAGGAUCUUGACUCUUCAUGUCACGACACCCCCCAUGCAUAA